AUGACCAGAAAUGAAGUGGUUGUGGCCGUGACGGCUGCAACGGUCACAGCGGUUGCAGCGGCUGUACUAAUUGGUCAGUGGUUGCAGAGGAAGGAGCGACGGCGGAAACAGACACAGAGGAUUUUGAAGAAAUUCGCUAGAGAAUGCGCCGCACCAGUAUGGAAACUCUGGGCGGUGGCAGAAGAUUUGGUCGCCGACAUGACCGCCUCUCUAGCCGCCACCGCCACCGAGAGUUCCGGUUCACUCAACAUGCUCGUUUCAUUCGCCGGUUCUUUACCUUCGGGGGAUGAGAAAGGAGUACACUAUGGAGUUAACUUGCGAGGCAAGGAACUUUUACUGUUACGUGGGACAUUAGGAGGUAAUGAAGAGCCGAUUACCGAUGUCCAGAAGCAGGAGAUUCCGAUCCCUGACGAUGUUUUGAAUGGUUCUUUCAAGGGGUUGUGCGAUUACAUAUCCUUGGAGCUAGUUAAAUUUCUUGCAAUGAAUCCCGGCGAAGAAACAGAAGAAGUGAAGAAUUUCGGGUUUACGUUGACGCGCACUGUUGAACAGAUUGGGCCAGGUUCAGUCUCGGCGAUACGGAGGAAAAGUUUAGCAGAUGAUCAUGAUGACACGGUUUUGAAGGAGUUUGUGAAUGAUAUGAAUGAAUCAUUGGAGCGACACGGUCUGAAGAUUCGGAUGAACACCGCGAUGGUGGAUGAUACAAUAGGAGUGUUGGCUGGAGGAAGGUACUAUCACAAGGACACUGUAGCUUCAGUUACUUUAGGUAUGGGAACUAACGCUGCUUAUAUCGAACAAGCUCAAGAUAUUUCGAAAUGGAAAUCCGCGAUAUCCGAGCCACAAGCGAUCGUUAUUAGCACAGAGUGGGGAGAUUUCAGAUCUUGCCAUCUUCCUGUAACCGAAUUCGAUGGUGCUCUUGAUGCGGAAAGCUUUAAUCCCGGAAGCCGAGUAUUUGAGAAGUUGGUGUCUGGUGGAUACUUAGGGGAGAUAGUGAGAAGAGUGUUGCUAAGAAUGUCUCAAGAAUCUGGUAUCUUUGGAGAUACAUUGCCUCCAAAGCUCACAAUUCCUUACAUUUUAGGGUCACCAGAUAUGGCCGCAAUGCAUCAAGAUAUAUCCGAAGGUAGAGAGAUCGUAAACAAAAAGCUCAAGGAAGUUUUGGGGAUAAUGGAUUCAACUCUUGCGGCGAGAGAAGUCGUGGUCGAAGUAUGCGAUGUAGUCGCGGAAAGAGCGGCUCGUGUGGCGGGAGCAGGAAUAGUUGGGAUGAUAAAGAAGUUGGGAAGAUUAGAGAAAAAGAUGAGCAUUGUGAUAGUUGAAGGAGGACUGUAUGAUCAUUAUAGGGUUUUUAGAAACUAUCUUCAUAGUAGUAUUUGGGAAAUGCUCGGUGACGAAUUAUCAGACCACAUCGUCAUCGAGCAUUCUCACGGUGGAUCUGGUGCUGGAGCUCUUUUCUCUGCGGCUUGCCGCGGUGGCGGCAAUAAAGAUUCUGAAAGCUAA